AUGCUAAAACUGAAGGCCAAAUGGCAAACGUUGGAAGAGGCCUUAUCAUUAUGGACGUCGACUGUUAUAGAGAAUGGCUAUGCUCUCACCGGUGACGCCAUACUCGCUAAAUCUCGCGACUAUGCGAAACGUUUAGAAAUUAAUGACUUAAAAGAAACAAACGGGUGGUUAUCUAAGUUUAAGAAACGUUAUGGACUGAGAGGCUGGCAGU